CACUCCUCUGUUCCCACUCCCCCCCAAGUGCAGAUGCAGACCACGUCGAACUCCCGCGAUCCGACCCGACAACCAACGCCGGACCCGGGAUCCACUUUCAGGGUCGGGCAGAGGGUCCACUUCAUCGGGCAACCUAGAAGAAUUGGAACGGUGAAGUACGUGGGGCCCGUGGAGGGAUACUCCGGCAUUUGGAUCGGAGUGGACUGGGAUGCCGAUGGCGAGGGAAAGCACGAUGGGUCCCACAAUGAAGUCAGCUAUUUCACAGCCAGGGGUUCCGAUACGGCGUCGUUCGUGCGUUCCCAUAAUCUCAGCCCGGGCGUGGCGCUUUUAGAAGCACUUGAAACUCGCUAUCGAACUGCUUCUACUAAAGAAGAAGAAGAUGAGAUGUAUGUCCUUUCCACAAGAAACAAAAGAGUGUCGGUUGAGCUUCUUGGGAAACACAAAAUUGAAGACAAAGUGAGUCGAUUCGAGGAGUUAACAAGUGCAUCAUUAUCUUAUUUAGGGGUCAGUUUUCCUGGAUCCCCUGAUCAUGUCAGUUCGACGCUACCUAGUUUGAAGGAGCUUGACUUGUCUGGAAACCUUCUAGCUAAUUGGGAAGAUAUUGGCAUUAUCUGUGAAGGAUUGCCUGCUCUCACGGCUCUCAAUCUUUCCAAUAACGCCAUAUCACCUGAUAUAUUUAAUGCGCCCCAGCUAAACAACAUUCGAGUUUUAGUCUUGAACCAAACAGGAGUGGUCUGGAAGCAGGUGGAAGUUCUCAAGGAUUCUCUCCCAUAUGUCGAAGAACUGCAUCUCAUGGGGAAUAACUUAAGAGAAAUUACGCCAGUCUCCUCAACUGUUGUCCAAGGAUUUAAUUUUCUUCGGCUUCUUAACUUGGAAAACAACUGUAUAUCUGCUUGGGACGAAAUCGUAAAACUCUCCCAGUUACGGAGCCUUGACCAGAUUUUCUUGAACAACAACAAUUUAAAUAAUGUCUGGUAUCCUGAUUUUGGUGGAUUGGAUGAAGUGCCUUUCAAGUCUUUGAGCGGCCUUUUUCUGGGAAGCAACAACAUAGAAGACCUGGAGUCUGUUGAUUCACUCAACUCCUUUCCUAAGUUGAUGGAUAUUAGGCUGUCUGAGAAUCCAGUCGCCGAUCAUGGGAAAGGCGGUGUCCCUAGAUUUGUGUUUAUUGCUCGUUUAGCAAAAGUUCAAAUACUGAACGGAAGUGAGAUUAGUCCUCGAGAACGGAAAGAGUCUGAGAUUCGAUACGUUCGGUUGGUAAUGUCAAAGAGUCAUGGCAGUUCAGAAGAAAUCAGACGACUCCAUCCCAGGUUUGUUGAGCUCAAGGAGUUUCACGGACUUGAAGAUGAAAGACCAUCAACAGGGGCAUCUGGCCCUCAAAAGAUGGCAUCCGGAUUGAUUUCUAUCUCCUUGAAAUGUGUUGGAGCAUCGAUGGGUGAAAAGCCCCCGUUGCUGAAAAAGUUGCCUGGAACAACAACGGUUGGAAAACUGAAGAACCUAUGCGUGAGUUUCUUCAAGUUGAAGUCCAUUAAGCCAGUACUGUUUCUUCAAGAAGAGGGUUCACCAUUACCUACAUUGCUUGAGGAUGAUAUGGAAUCUCUCAUCGAGCUAGGAGUUGGCAAUCAAUCCACCAUUCUUGUAGAUGAACGGCCAUGAUGUACUCAGUAAUCGAAGUCACAAAAUCAAGGACUGUGCUGUUUCCUUUAUAAUGCUUGAACGCAGGAGAUCUGCUUUUCAUUCUCAAGUUAAUUAUUGUUCCGGAAUUAAAAUUGCUUUUCAUAAUCAACUUUUACCCUUACAAUUUUGCGCUUAGUUAUUUGUCAAGUACAUCUAGACAGUUAUUCCUGUGUACCAAUUGGGCAGCAAACA